CGCAUAAAUUGUGACAUAAUUCAAAUGAAAAUGCAAAUCAUGUAUUAACGUUUGCAUUUUCAUUUACACAAACGUACAGUUUCUGCCAAAUUUCAGAUGGAAACACAAAGUUUAUUUGCAAUUGCAUUUCCCGUGUGUUACGCGUUAUGACCCUGUCAUAUUGAAAUAGCAAUAGCAAUUACCCCGUUUGCUAUUUAAUUUCCUCAGUGUUGCGUAUGGAGUCUGACAAUAUCCGAACGGAAUGGCAAAUCCCUUUGCAUCUGCAUUUCCAAUGCCUUACACGGAAACCUGCCAAUAGGUGUUGUGGGCAGGAAUAUACUAUGGGCCAUGUUUGUAUUUGGCAGUCACAUUCAACCACAUUUUAGACUGGCUCGUGGUCACUGGAGGUUCACUGUAAAAACCAAAUAUACUAGGAUACAGUUCAUUAUUACUAUCAACUAAAGCGAGAAGAUUUUUUAAAUUCUGUUUAUUUGAUUUGAUUUUUUUUUUUUUUUUAAAGAAAUGGGUUGUACAUGAGUAACUCCUACAAUCAAAAAGUGACUGAAUUUUAAUUAUUUUUCUUUUUCUUUUUUUUUAACAAAAAAAACCCCACCUUAUUUUCAAAAUUGAGUUUUGAAAAUAAUCUCUUAUAUGAACAAUGGAAUAUAAUAUAGUGUGAAUAAUAACAUUUGUUGAGUUUCAUUUCUAUUUGUUUACAGAAAAAAUGUAGUAAUAAAAACCACUUGGUUUUGUUUUUGUUUUUGUUUAUUACAGCAUUUUGCUGUAGUUGCUAAGACUAACCCUGGGUUUUAUGUGGCGUAAUAAUGUUUAUAUAAUAAUAAUUGUUUGUAUCAUUAAUAAUUAUUAAUAAAAUAUAUGCUAUAAAAAUAAAUAAAUAAAUACUGUAUCCAUACUGUAUCAGAAUACUGCAAUACGUUAGAUAUCCUGUGAAGUAGAUGACUAUAAUCUUGGUCGAAUGUUACAUAGUUGCCCAGGUCAUGCAAUUUUUAGACGGUCCCUUACUGACUUUAACACUGUAACGUGCUGGUGAGCUGCGUUUCUGAGAGAUAAGCUUCAGGGGGAUUUAACGGGAUAAAAAUUAAAAGUGCAUUCAAUAAGCAUUUUGUCCUUUCUGUGUGUUUGUUUGUUGAGAAAUAGAAGAGAGAAUCUCGAAUGUGCAGUGAAUCUCCGGUGACCGCGAGCCAGUCUACCACUAGAGGGCAAUGAUGAGCUGAAUGAACACACCUCUUGGUCUGCCAAAUGUCCAAAGUCUGCCUGGUAGUAGACACUCCUUCUAUGCAAUACCAUUCACAGCAAUGUUUGGUAGUGUUGCACUUAGUACAUACUAUAUAGUGAGUUUUACGACAUAUGCAAAUUAAAGUUUUUUUUUUUUUUUUUUAAGUUUGUGUAUGAGAUCGUAAUGUUAAUGAAAAGAAAAGGUCUGUGUUAGAUGGAAUCAUAGAGGAAGCAGACUGAGAAAGUACAGUCAUACAUACAAAGCGGAAUAAACUACAGAUGUUUUCAUCUUUUAUUAACGUGAAUGUAUUUAUCAUGCUUAUUUAUUUAUUUCUUCAUAAACAUCUCACCCUGCACGCAGCAAUGUGCAUUAAUGUUUUUUUUUUGUUGUUGUUGUUGUAGUUUUUUUUUUUUUUUUAAUGAUAAUAAUACGUUAUAAAGAUACAGUUUUGCUUUAAAAGCCUUAUUGGACACAACAAACAGGCUCCAGUUGUAAACUAUGCUCAUAUAUAGAGCAGCUUAUAUAGGCAGUGACCGUUAAAACGAGGCGUGAAGUAAACAAACAGCGCCUGAAUAACGGACUUCAUCAUCAUCAUCCGGAUUUCAAAUCCCGCACGGCGAGUGUGAGAUUUGAAAUCUGGUGCCUGUUCCAGGAGGGACGUCCCACUUGGUGCAUCGGUCGCUUAACUCCGCCUCCAAACACCGAGCGGGUGAUUUGAUUGGACAGCAAUCCGGAAGCCACAGCCCCCUCCUUCAUGUAUUGGCUGGCAGCGGAUCUGCAACGACCUUUAAUGCACAGUGAGAAAGAGUGAGUUUAGUCAGAGUGAGCCGUUGAGGGGAUGGAACCGGCAAAACCGGGCCAGAAAUCAGAACCACACUGUUCUUUACAGUUAUCGUGACAUGACUGGGGAUCUGUUCAACCGGGCCCACGGUAUAGAGAUCAAUGUCUAUCAGUUGGCUUUCUUCUUUUUUUGUGUUUGUUUGGUUUCAUUUUUGCCUGGACGUCCGUGUUAGGAGCAAGGACGCGCAGAUCUGACGGCGAUGCGCCGUGUCACAGGGCUCCCUACAGCGCAAACGCCCUUUGUGGAUCUAUAUUCCGUGGCUGGGGCCCCAAAGCUCUCAUAAAGAUUCUUCAGCGGAAGCCCGGUGACUCACUGCAUGCUGCAGCCGCGAGCAGAGGGGACUCACUGCAUUCUAAUAGGAGGAGAGACGCGGGAGAGAGGACUCGCCUCGGUCCUAUUACACACACACGCGCGCGCGCGCGCGCACGCACACUGCUGGAGCACUUUGCACCCACAUCCACGCACUGUAGCGCGCGCUGGACCUCUCCGUGGCUUUCCUUGGCUUUUUUGCGCAUAAAAAGGAUGUAACCUGGCUUUUUUGUGUGUGGUUAUUGGGUUAUUGUGGUUUGGUUUUGGGGUUGUUGUUAUUUAUUUAUUUAUUUUUUGCCUGGACAGCGCGCUGUGUGCUGGGUGAGAGGAAUCACAGAAAAAGCUGCUCGGUCGUGGAAGCCGGAUGGUGGUGAUCCAGCGCGCGCAGGCUUUCAGCAGAAUAUCAAUUAGAUGUUGAGCCGCAACGCUGCUUGUGGAAACGUCGAAGAGACUGUUUGACUGAGGAAAAGACCGCAACAAUGUCUUUGCGCAUUGUUUCACAAUGAACAGACUUGUAACCGGAGGUGUGAAUUGUGAGAUCGCUUGACGGAUCAACAGGUCGCAAGCGUAAAGCGCAUCUGGAGCCAUGGCGCUCGUGUCGAGAGGAAUGCACCUCUCUGCUUUGUCUUUCCUACUCUUAUGGGCGCAAGCCCUGACAUUGAAAAACUUGAACUUUACGAUCUCCGAGGAAAAGAACCAGGGUGUGAUUGGAAACAUUGCCAAAGACGCAGGGCUCGAGCUCAGAGAGCAGGGCAAAAAAUCCAACUUCAGGGUGCUGGAGAAUUCAGCUCCACACCUCAUAGAUGUGGACCCUGAAAGUGGGCUGCUCUUUAUCAAGCAGAGGAUUGAUAGAGAAACACUGUGCAAACGAAACCCUAAGUGCCAGCUCUCUAUGGAAGUGUUUGCCAAUGACAAAGAGAUCUACAUGAUUAAGGUAGACAUACAGGACAUAAACGACAAUGCGCCCAGCUUCCCUUCUGAUCAGAUCGACAUCGAUAUUUCAGAGAACGCUGCCCCUGGCACCCGCUUUCCCCUAGCUGCUGCCUAUGACCCCGACACCCGGGAAAAUGGCCUUAAAACAUAUCAAAUCACACGAGAUGAUUACAGCAUAUUUUCUCUGGAUGUGAAGUCUAGAGGAGAUGGAACUAAAUUUCCUGAGCUGGUCGUCCAAAGGUCUUUAGAUAGAGAGGAGCGCAGCCAUCAUACUCUAAUCAUAACUGCCACAGAUGGAGGGGAGUAUCCAAAGUCAGGUACAAUGCAAAUCAAUGUGAAAGUAAUUGAUUCAAAUGACAAUAGCCCUGUUUUUGAGCAGUCCUCUUAUGUUGUGGAAAUUCCCGAGAAUUCUCCACCAGGCACAUUGUUGAUAGAUUUAAAUGCCACUGACCCCGAUGAAGGAAGUAACGGGCAGGUUACCUAUUCUUUGAGUUUUUAUGGCUCGGAUAGAAUCAAAGAAUUGUUCUCGAUAGACCCCAAAACAGGUGUCAUAAAGAUUCAGGGGAAAAUUGACUAUGAGGAAAACCCAAUUAUAGAAAUUGAUGUACAGGCGAAGGAUCAAGGUCCGAAUCCUGUUCCUGGUCACUGUAAAGUCACUGUUAAAGUGCUUGACAGGAAUGACAAUUGGCCAUCAAUAGGCUUUGUGGCGGUUCGGCAGGGGGCAGUUAGUGAAGCAGCACCCCCAGGGACUGUCAUUGCUCUCGUGAGAGUGACAGACAAGGACUCUGGCCGCAAUGGGCAGCUCCAAUGUAGGAUUUUAGGCAAUGUACCUUUCAGACUUGAGGAGAACUCUGACAAUUUCUACACAGUGGUGACCGAUAGACCGCUGGAUCGAGAAGUGAAGGAUGAAUACAACAUUACAAUCAUGGCCAAAGACAGUGGUAACCCUCCACUGAACGCCACAAAGUCUUUUACAGUCAAAAUACUCGAUGAGAAUGAUAAUGCACCACGGUUCACAAAGAUGGUGUACCUCCUUCAGGUGCCUGAAAACAACAUCCCAGGAGAAUAUCUUGGCUCAGUUCUGGCUCAUGACCCAGACUUGGGCCAAAAUGGCACUGUUUCUUAUUCUCUCCUUCCAUCUAAUGUGAGUGAGGAAUCCAUUACUACAUAUGUGAACAUCAAACCUACUGAUGGAGCCAUUUAUGCCCUAAGGAGUUUCAAUUAUGAGCAGACCAAAUAUUUUGAUUUCAAGGUCCAGGCUAAGGACUCAGGUAAUCCCCAUCUGGAGAGUAACACUACAGUACGUGUGAGUGUACUUGAUGUCAAUGACAACAUCCCAGUCAUUGUGCUGCCACUGCUGCAAAAUGAUACAGCAGAGAUCCAUGUCCCACGCAAUGUUGGUGUAGGCCAUGUUAUUACAACGGUGAGAGCAGUGGACAACGACUUCGGUGAGAGCGGCCGCCUUGCCUAUGAGAUCUCAGAUGGCAACGAGGAGCACCUGUUUGAGAUUGAUUCUGUGACCGGAGAGGUGCGGACAGCUCAGCCACUGUGGGAGGAGGUGUCUUCUGUUGUGGAGCUCAUCAUCAAAGUGACAGACCAUGGAAAGCCCACGCUCUCAGCCAUGGCCAAGCUUGUGGUCAAGGCAUAUUCAGGACCCCUGCCAGAGGGCGAGCCACGGAUCAAUGCUGAGCAGCAUGGCUGGGACGUGUCGCUCCCUUUGAUUGUCACACUCAGCGUCAUUUCUGUCAUGCUGCUGGCAGCCAUGAUUGCAGUCGCCGUCAAGUGCAAGCGGGAAAACAAGGAGAUCCGCACCUACAACUGCCGCAUCGCAGAGUACUCACACCCACAGCUGGGCAAGAGCAAAAAGAAGAAGAUCAACAAGAAUGACAUCAUGCUGGUGCAGAGUGAGGUAGAAGAACGUGACACCAUGAACGUGAUGAAUGUAGUGAGCAGCCCCUCGCUGGCCACAUCGCCAAUGUACUUCGAUUACCAGACACGUCUUCCCCUCAGCUCGCCUAGGUCCGAGGUCAUGUACCUCAAACCAACAGCCAACAACCUCAGCGUUCCCCAAGGACACGUGGGUUGCCAUACAAGUUUCACAGGGCCUGUGACUAGCACCACAGACACACCGGUUAACAGAAUGUCCAUAAUUCAGACUGACAACUUCCCCACCGAGCCCAAUUACAUGGGGAGCAGGCAGCAGUUUGUUCAAAGCAGCUCCACGUUUAAGGACCCGGAGCGGGUAAGUCUAAGGGACAGUGGACACGGGGACAGCGACCAGGCCGACAGCGAUCAGGACACCAAUAAGGGCUCAUGCUGUGACAUGUCCGCCAAGGAAGCACUCAAGAUGAAGGCAACAGGGCUCAAGCCUCAACCUCUUGAGCAGGAAGAGGACUGCGUGAACUGCACUGAUGAGUGCCGGGUCCUGGGUCACUCGGACCGCUGCUGGAUGCCCCAGUUCCCGGCACCAGGUAUGGCGCAGGCUGAGGGUCUUGACUACCGCACAAACCUUUUCGUACCUGCAGGAAUGGAGGCAGUGGCCACUGAGCCAGAAAGCUAUGAGGCAACGGGCAACCCCAGUGGCAAGAAGACCUUCUGUACUUUUGGCAAAGAGCGGCGUGAACAUGCUGUCCUGGUGGCCAACGUCAAGCCCUACCUCAAGGGCAAGCGUGCUCUCAGCCCACUGCUCCAGGAAGUGCCCUCAGCUUCGUGCAGCCCUACCAAGGGAACCAAAGGUGUUGCAGACGGCGCCGAGGUCAAUCCCAGCACCAGCCACUACGAAGGGCCCAACGGACUUUACACUUCUCCUGGAAAGCAGAGUAGAGAUCAGGGAUACUGCGCACUUGCCGCCUCGGAUCCUGUAGCCAAAGUGCUGUUGGAGGCACGUUCACGCAUCAGCCAGGAAACAGCUAAUGAGCCAGACGGAGCACUGGAGCACGGAGGAGAGCCAAGCCGAGGAGGCAUGGAUGCUGAGCAGGUGGUCAGAGACAUCGAUAAACUUCUGCAGGACUGCCGAGGCAACGAGGCUGCAGUGGUUAGGAAGUGAACAGACUAAUACAGUGAUGAAAAAAUAGAAGACAAACAGUUAGAGAGGGCGAGAGUCUGUGAGCUUUGAAACACUCUCAAAGCGUGAGGUGCUCAUGAGGUUUGGCAAAUUAGGACAGAAAAGUACUUUUGACAAACUGUCUCAAAAAAUAAAAGAAAAAAAGCCAGGUUUUCUGGACGCCAUGUUGUGUUUUGGGGGAGGGGAUUCUUAGGGAGUUUCAGAAGUUGCUGUUUCUGGCUUCUUAGCAAGCUUUUUUCUUCAAGUGCCCACCAGCUCUAAACUUUUCUUUCUGACUCGGAACACCACAAACCGCAAGAAAAGGUUGAUUCUGACAAUCGCAACUGAAAUGUAGAACACUCCAAAUGCGGUUGGCUCUCAUCAAGACCGAACCACACUCUUCUCUUUUCUGACUUUGUAACAUCAUUGUAUGAAAUACUAAAUAAUCUCUGAUUAUCUCUGAUCUCUGGGGAGGGGGAGGGGUGGUAACGGGGGUGCUUAAUUAAGAAAUGUUACCAUUUCUUCACUCGCCAUUUCUAAUCAUAUGUGUAAGCUGUGUUCCUCCUCCCAUAUAUAUGUGUGUAUAUGGAACAUUCCAGAUUGGUGAAACUGUUACUCUUUUCCUCAUUGGUCCUUUGUGUGAACACUGUCUUCACCUGUCUUCUUCUUGUCACUUCUUUUAAGGUGACCUUCUACUCGUCCUACAUUAAAAUUAAGGCA